AUGGAGGUCGGGCACGAAUCGGUGUCGGCCGCCUUGCCUCCAGACGAAGCGCAGGAGAUCAAGGCUGCUACCCAUGCAUCCUUUGCGGCCGUCAAGGAGCCGGCCCAGCCCGCAGUGAAGCUCGAGGAGACCGCUCCGGACCUGGUCCCUCCACUCCUGGUGCCAGCAAGCAACGGAGGUCGAACUGGCCUUGAGAGUGACAGAUUAGGGACUGCAGAGCCACCGCCACAGCUUGUGGCUGCUCCGCUUCUAGUUCCCAUGGAUCCCUGA